AAUCUCUUUAAGGUCAGAACGAUCUGAAACCUCUGAGGAGGCUGGUGGAAAGAUGCAGCGGACCAUCUUGCUGCACCUUCUUUCGGUGCUUUUCAUCAUUCGAAGUGGAGUCCUGGCAAGGCAUGAGUCUGGAAACGAGGGAUUCCUGCCCGAUAACCAGGGGUCCUACAAUGAUAAUGGACUUUUGGUUCUUAACCCAACCAAUACCCUGCAGGACGAGAAUGAAGCUGCGCUCACGCAAUACGGCGAGUAUGUGGAUAAUUCAAUCUGGAAGAUACUAUACGAUAUAGCAAACAUUCACAAGAAGAAAAGGCGCCAGGCUCUGCGGGAAGCACUGGAAGUUCUGAGUGGCACUAGUCUGAGCAUUUCUCCUUUGCAAGAAAGUCUUGGGAAAAUCAGAGGACAGCAGGGGGAAUUGGUAUCGAAACUGAAGCACCAGGAGGAGUGGAAGUUCUGGGCCGCAGCAAAGGUCCAGAAGGUGGGAGAGUCCACUGAAGGGGUUAGAACUGCCGAAGCUGUUUCCAUCACCGAAGAAUUCAACAAUCGAUAUGUCCUUCGGUUGCGCAACUGUGUUGGCCAGUUUCUCUGGGCUCAGAUUCGUCUCAAUCUGGAUUUGAAAAAGUCCAUCGAUGGGCUGCAGAUACCCACAAGACAGGUGAUCGAAGCCACUGACAGGUGUCCCAGUAUCAAGCCCAAAAAGUGCCGCAAGGCCGUUAGAAGAGCAAACGAUGGCCUCCAAAAUGCUCCCCAGGAACUACAUAAUUUGUUGGUUGAGUCUAAUCAGCUGGAGGACAUCCAAAGGCAGAGCAACCAGUGCCUGGAAAGAACUUUACAGGAAUAUUCGGAGGAGCGGGCCGAAAUCGAGAGGCAGCUGGAGGACAUUAUCAAGCAGUAUCGCCAAAGUGAGACCCCAUCUGGCAAAUAGGGGUUGAAAUAUAUAUAUUUAUAUAUAUAUAUAUAUAUUUAUAGUACAUAUAGCACACAAGCAGGGCAUCUUUGGCACUUUUUAGGCUAGGAACUGAAGAAUAAACAUGGUAUUUCAAAGCA